AUGCUACAGCCUGUGGUGGGGGAGAAUUUGAGAUGUGGGUGUGGGAAGUGGCAAAUUUCUGGAAUCCCCUGCAAGCAUGCACUCAGGGUGAUUUAUGACCAAAGGCUGAACCCCAUUGAUUUUGUCUCCCCAUUCUUCAAGUCUGCUGCAUACAAGCUUACAUAUGCAGACCACAUUCACCCCAUGUCAGACCCAACACAGUGGCCUAACUUUUCUCUCCCUACCAUUCAGCCUCCAGUCAUCAAAAGACAAGCUGGCAGACCUGCUAAGAAGAGAAAGAGAGGACCAAAUGAACCCAUGAAGGGGAAGAGGAACAUCAAUGUGAAAUGUGGAAAGUGCAGGGAGUUUGGUCAUAACUCAAGGACAUGUAAGAAUGGAGGACCAAGCACUGGACCAAGCACUUCAGCAGCAGCAGGUGCAAGUACAUCACAAGGGGGUCCAAGGGGGAGGAAAAGAGCAAACACAGCAACUUAA